GCCGUAUCCUGUCUUGAUCGGCACAAGAACCCGUCGCAUUUCGUCUCCCAAAAAACCCCAAGCAGCGGUGAUGGCCGUCGCCUCUAAGAUUUCCUUGUCGUUGCUCCCUUCUCGGAGCUCUUGCGGCAUCUCCCUCCCUCGCCCCUCCUGUAGAUCCGUCUCUUCGCCUAAAUCCUUCUUGCCCAUGGCGUCCCUCAACGUCGCGCGGCCCCCCGGCAUCUCCGAGACCUUCUCCUGCUUGAAGGAGCAAGGGAAGGUUGCAUUUAUACCCUUUAUUACUGCUGGAGAUCCUGAUCUAUCGACAACAUCAAAAGCAUUGAAAGUUCUUGAUUCUUCUGGUUCAGACUUGAUAGAAUUGGGCAUGCCCUAUUCUGAUCCUUUGGCAGAUGGGCCUGUUAUCCAGGCUGCUGCUACACGUGCUCUAGCAAAAGGAACAAACUUUAAUGGAGUCAUUUCAAUGUUAAGGGAGGUCAUACCACAACUAUCUUGUCCAAUUGCUCUCUUUACAUAUUACAAUCCAAUUCUGAAGCGUGGAGUUGAUAAGUUUAUGUCUAUUAUAGAAGAUGUUGGUGUGCGUGGGCUUGUCGUGCCUGAUGUUCCUUUGGAGGAGACUGAAAGUUUGACAAAAGAAGCUGCUAAGCAUAAGAUUGAGUUAGUGCUGCUUACAACACCUACUACACCAACAGAAAGAAUGAAAGCAAUUGUACAAGCUUCAGAAGGAUUUGUGUACCUGGUGAGCUCUGUUGGAGUUACUGGUGCCCGUGCAUCUGUCAGUUCACGUGUACAAUCUCUCCUGCAAGAUAUUAAAGAGGCAACAACUAAACCGGUUGCAGUUGGCUUUGGCAUAUCCAAACCGGAGCAUGUGAAGCAGGUUGCUGGAUGGGGAGCAGAUGGCGUCAUCGUUGGCAGUGCUAUGGUUAAGCUUUUAGGUGAGGCAAAGUCCCCUGAGGAAGGACUGAAAGAGUUAGAAGCCUUUGCUAGGUCCUUGAAGGCUGCUCUCCCUUGAGAAAUAAUUGCCAACGCUAGAACAAAUGACAUGCUUGUUCCUUUUAGUCGGAUAUGCACCCUUUUCUGUAGGAAUUAUAGCAUGCAAACUUGACUUUAUUGUGAAACAACUUUCUUAUUGAGGGGUUAAACAGGAGUAUUCAUUUUGUAAUAUAUUAACUUGUCUUUUGCUUCUUA